ACAUAGGACAUGGUUGGCGUGAUAGUUAUCGGCGCUGGUGUUGUUGGCCUCUCUACCGCCAUCAACAUACAACGUCUUCUUCCAUCUUGUCACGUGACUAUUGUAGCAGAACACAUAAUCGAAGGAACAACAAGUUUUGGAGCUGGUGCUAUCUUCAGACCAACUGCAGAUUAUAUUCCAGGAGUUAACUUAGAAAAAGCCAAGAAAUGGACACGAGACGGAUGGGACCACUUUUCCUCUUUAGCAAUGUCAGAAGAAGCUGGUCGUGCGGGUAUUGCUAUAACACCUUCAUUCAUGUUAAGUCAAACAGAAAUUAAGGAUCCUCUUUAUAAAGAUGUUGUGUUCACGUUUCACGAUUUAAGUGAGGACGAAAUGAGAAAACUGGGCUUUAGCAAACACUUUAAGUUUGGAUAUCUUGUUACGACAGUUGUUAUAACAACAAAGAUAUACCUUGCUUGGCUUCUCAAAAGGUUUCUCGAAAGUGGCGGGAAAAUUGAACAAAGACGUGUUGUGAAUAUAGAUGAGUUUGUUGGACGAUGCGAUGUCAUUGUAAAUUGCUCUGCAUUAGGCAGCCGACAGCUGUUCGGAGACAAAACCAUUAUUCCAAAUCGAGGCCAACUUCUGAGGGUAAAGGCGCCAUGGAUAAAAUAUUGCGUAUAUACAGACAGGGAUGCAUAUAUUAUACCAAAUCAGGACUUGGUUGCAGUUGGAGGUUGUAGGGAAGAUAAUAACUUCAAUACAUCCAUAAGUCAAGAAGAUUCAAAAGGAAUAAUGGAGAGAUGUUGCAAAAUUUGUCCUUCCUUAAAGUCAGCAGAUGUUUACAAUGAAUGGGUUGGGUUGAGGCCGAUUCGCUCCCCUCUUAGACUUGAAAAAGAAGUUAUUAAGUCUGACCAUGGGCAAUUAACUGUUGUUCAUAAUUAUGGACAUUGUUCAGACGGUAUUGGUCUGAGUUGGGGUACUAGUAUGGAGGCUGCCGACCUCGUCCAGAGCUGUCUGAAUUCUCAAUCCAAGUUAUGAUACUGAAGUAACUCAACCUUUGGUCCAAUGAACUCACAAAUCUAUUUAUAAAGUGUACUGACUUUUCUUAUUUAAUAGA